CAGCUUCCGGUUGGAACUGUGUGACUUUGUUGUUGACGAUUGUUGAAAGUGAAAGUCACCUCAGUAAGAGCUUCGUCUUAGAGAGGUAUUAUAGAUCUAGGUAUUGAUGUGAUCCUCUAAAAUAGAUUGAGGACCAGAAUGCUGUAUUUUUGUACGCAAAGUACUACUGCCGCCACCUCUAGCUGUACUGGACUGUACUUAAAAACUGAAUUUGUUUGUUGCAAUAGUAAUAGGCCAACCUCUCUCGUUGCACAACACGCAAUACUACUUGGCAGGCAGGGGUCGACGACGAGUCUCCGCCAGUCAGUCAGCAGCAGUGGGCAGAUUUGACGCCUUUUGUUUCUUUCCGUAGGCCUUAGUUGGCUCUCUUUAAAAGGUGAACGUCACAUUAUUUUGCGCCUACUUUCUUACAAAUCAGUAAGGAAAUAUGCUGCGUGGCCUGUUAAAGCAUGCUGCUGUGCUUAGACUUCGAAACAGUUGUUCUUCAGUGCCCUUUGUUGUUGGCUUUCGGCAUUGCUGUUCUUCUUUGAGGCCGAUAACACACCAGAAUUUAGCAGGUCGUGGUCAAAGGAAGACACAUCUGCUGUGCUUAAGCCGAUCUGUGUCAGCUGGAAGUAAUGGACAAGAUGAUGGCACAAGGAAAGGAAGCUUUCAAUACCCUGAGUACUCAGAUUCUGAGUACCACAACGAGAAACGUCCAAGACGACUCAGCAAGUUCCACUCUUCAGAUACUUUUGAAGGUUUCACAGAUCGCAGUUCUUUUCCGAGACGUCAACAUGGCUUUCAACGCUUCCAGUCCAGCAGGAGACAGUAUUAUGAUGAUGGACUGUCAGAAGAUGACUACUAUACAGAUGCUUUUCGACCACGCACUCGGAGUGCCAGAGAGGAACCAGGCUUUAAACUGAGGCAUAAAGAAUGGAGCUCUAGCCAGCUGGAUCCAGUUGAGAAAAAUUUUUAUGUUGAGCAUGACAGUGUUGCUCAGCUUUCUGAGGCUGAACUUGAUGAAUUUUAUUCCAAGCACAAUGUCACAAUAUCACAAGGAGACAGGAUUAAACCGAUUCUAGAUUUUCACCAUGCUAAUUUUCCAGAGCCUAUCAAUCGCCACAUGGAAAAAAUUGCGUGGGCAAAGCCGACCCAUAUACAGAGUCUUGGAUGGCCUCUAGCCCUCUCUGGGAAGAACAUGGUUGGCAUUGCACAAACAGGCUCUGGGAAAACAUUAGGUUUCAUCUUGCCAGCUCUUGUCCACAUCAAGCACCAGAGACAAGUGAUGAGAGGAGAAGGCCCAGUGGUGCUUGUAUUAGCUCCUACAAGAGAGCUAGCUCAGCAGAUCAAAUCUGUGGCUCGGGAAUACGGCCGUCUGCUCGGUGUUCGCUCUUGUUCUGUGUUUGGUGGUCAGUCCAAGCUUAUCCAGGCUCGACAUCUGUCAGAGGGUCCAGAGAUUGUUGUAGCGACACCUGGUCGUCUUCUUGACUUCCUGGAAACAGAUGUGAUCAACCUGGACCGUACCACUUACACUGUGUUAGAUGAGGCUGAUCGCAUGCUGGACAUGGGCUUUGAGCCUCAGAUUCGCAAAGUUUUGGGUCAAAUUAGGCCUGAUCGUCAAAUGUUGAUGUGGAGCGCCACGUGGCCCAGAGAAAUUCAGCAACUAGCUCAUGACUUCCUGGGCGACUUCACUCAAAUCAACGUGGGCUCGGGGGAACUUGUGGCCAAUCCCAACAUUCAGCAGAUUGUGAAAGUAUGCGAGAGAAAAGAGAAACUUUCUCUGCUGGUGAAUGAACUGGAUGGAGAAGAAGAUCAGAAAACAUUGAUCUUUGUGCAGACUAAAUCUCAGGCUGAUAUUGUUACUCAUAAGCUAAGGCGGCUGAGAUUCCGAGCCCUUGCAUUACAUGGAGAUAAGUCACAGAUGGUGCGAGACAAGACUCUACACAGUUUCCGGAGUGGAGCAACAGAGAUUCUUGUAGCUACAGAUGUUGCUUCUCGAGGACUAGAUGUGGACGACAUUAAACUUGUGGUCAAUUUUGACUAUCCCAACACUGCUGACGACUACAUCCACCGCAUCGGCCGCACGGCGCGUGCUUCCAAGACUGGGAGAGCUGUCAGUUUCAUUACAGAUGAUGAUGCUGGAAAGGUACCCGACCUCAUCAAAGUUCUCAAGGAGGCUGGCCAAACAGUGUCUUCAGAACUAGAAGUGUUGUCAAGACUUCAGGCUAAGAUAAAAUCUAAAGGUAAUGCUCGAUUCAAGUCUGGCUUCCACCGGAAACCUUACCAGCCUAGACAUUAUGGUGGCAAGGAACACAGGCGGAGGGAAGGUUAUCAUGAUUGGGAAAGUUGGUAGUGCAAUUUGUCGACAGUGAAGUGUUUGCGGUGAAUGUUGUUUGGAGGAUCAUAAAGAGCAAAGGAACACAGCUCAAGGACUAGAAAGGGGAAGAACUUGGUGUCACUGUGAGCUAAAGAGACCAGUACGCAUGCCAUUACAGUUUCUAGUCCAUCUUUUCUUUUACUCCACUCACACACAAAGUCUUCAGUUGUAUGACUCAUGAAGUAAUUAGUGACUGUAAAGUGAGCUUGCUGAUUGUAAAAGCAGUCUGUGCUUCGCUUCACUUCACUUAGUCUUUCUUGUCAAUGGGAGUUGAGAGGUUGAGUCAUGACUCUGGGUGUUGCUUGGAUAUUUCCAUCGAUAAAAAGAAACUAUUCUUUGUAUAGUGCUAGGUGUGGUGUGUGUUGUGAAAGUGUAUGCAUGUCUGUGGUAUGUCACCAUUGUUCUGUAAUGGAUCACUUUGUAUUUUUAAAAGAGUAAUUUUCGUAAAAUAUUGUGUACAUAGAUUAAAUUUGGGACCUAUUUAUGUCAAUCCUGUUACUGUGAUUUGAGCAUGGCUGUUCGAAAGUUUAUGGUUAGCUCAUACAGAGUGAAUGAAGUGUGAACCACACAUAUGAUCUGACACAGACAUCCCUUUUAGACUUGUUGAUUUAUUGAUUUACUUUGACAUUGUCAUUUAUUUUGUCCAUAAUUCAGCAAAAGCAAGAGGUGGCUAUUGAAUAAAAGCAGUUGCGUAAAAAGAAACGGAAUAAAUGAUAAUGUACAAAUGAAAGCAGGCUAAUAUUUUAAAAAAAUACAAACUCUUUUAUAGAGAUUGAUUGUGUAAAAAUGCAUUGCUGUCGCGAGAAAAACAGGUAACAGUAUAGGACCCUGUUUUUCAUGUAAGUGAAAGAUGUAGAAUUAUGAAAUUUGUUUUGCGACUGCAAAGAUAUAUUUUAUGAUGUGCACUGGAUUGUGUUGAAUGGACCAGUGCUGAGUGUCUAUCCAUUUAUCAGUGAUCUGAAUAGGAUUGAAUGUGAUGUUUACUUGGAAAUACAAUAAAGUGAAAAUUACUUGUGAGACGAUUUUGUCGUGUUGGUAGGGAAAAAUAAAUAACUGAAGCCUUGUCUUUGUUUAUGUGAAAGUACAAGUUUUGUUACACUUUUGCUUUAUUAAACUCAUGAGUUUGUGAACUCACUGAUCAGCA